AGAGAGAAUCUGGUAACCUCUGAUGGCUCCAGGACCCCCUUUCCUGAUGUACAAAAAGAGGGCCCAGAUGCAAGAUUUUGACUGACGGGUAGCAGGAUACAGGGAAAGAAGUGGAAGAAGGUAAAAAGGAAACAGGAAGCAGUGAUAAUGUGUGGUCUGAGGUAAUGGGCUGUUUAUACUCAGAGCCUUCCAAAGGCUGAGAAGACACUGAUGUUAACAGUGGUUGAUGAGUGACUGGGAAAGGCUGAACAUUUUGAUUUAAAGUACGCGGGCCUCUCACUGUUGUGGCCUCUCCCGUUGCGGAGCACAGGCUUCCAGACGCACAGGCUCAGCGGCCAUGGCUCACGGGCCCAGCUGCUCCGCGGCAUGUGGGAUCUUCCCGGACUAGGGCACGAACCCGUGUCCCCUGCAUCGGCAGACGGACUCUCAAAUACUGCACCACCAGGGAAGCCCGCCAAUCUAUUCUUUUCGUUGCAUCCAGAGUGAUUCUUUAAGAUUCUAGAUUUCGAGUCGUAAGUAGAAAGACCUUCGCCCACUCUGAGGUUAUAAAGCAUUAUUAGCACCAUCAUUAUUCUGGCUGGAGCAAUUGCACUUAUCAUCGGUUUUGGUAUUUCAGGGAGACACUCCGUCACAGUCACUACUCUCACCUCAGCUGGGAACACUGGGGAGGAUGGAAUCCUGAGCUGCACUUUUGAACCCGACAUCAAACUUUCUGAUAUCAUGAUACAGUGGCUGAACGGAGGUGUUAUGGACUUGGUCCAUGAGUUCAAAGAAGGCAAAGAUGACCUGUCGGACCAGGAUGAAAUGUUCAGAGGUCGGACAGCAGUGUUUGCUGAUCAAGUAAUAGUUGGCAAUGCCUCUCUGAGGCUGAAAAAUGUGCAACUCACAGAUGCUGGUACCUGUAAGUGUUACAUCAUCACUUCUAAAGGCAAGGGGAAUGCUAACCUCGAGUAUAAAACUGGAGCCUUCAGCAUCCCAGAAGUGAACGCGGACUGUAACGCCACCUCAGAGAGCUUACGAUGUGAGGCUCCCCGAUGGUUUCCCCAGCCAACAGUGGUCUGGGCAUCCCAAGUUGACUGGGGAGCCAACUUCUCAGAAGUCUCCGACACCAGCUUUGAGCUGAACUCUAAGAAUGUGACCAUGAAGGUUGUAUCUGUACUCUACAAUGUCACGAUCAACAACACAUACUCCUGUAUGAUUGAAAACAACAUUGCCAAAGCCACAGGGGAUAUCAAAGUGACAGACUCUGAGAUUAAAAGGCAAAGUCACCUCCAGCUGCUGAACUCAAAGGCUUCCCUGUGUGUCUCUUCUGUUGCCAUCACCUGGGUACUCCUGCCUCUCUGCCCUUACCUGAUGCUAAAAUAAUGCACCUUGGCUACACAGAAACAUGCAGAGUCACUGGUACGACAGAUGAUGUUCAUCCUUGAAUGGUCCAGGAAAAGAAGACCUCUCAUCUUCACUGUGUGUGAUAUCCUGCCAUCACAGGGUUUGAGGCUUCUACUUCAUAUCCUGCAUGGACAGUGACGACCUCAGCUUUCACCAGCAUCUACAGCGGUGGGACACAACCAGGUGACUUUGCACCACCUCAGGGGACACUUGGAAAUUCUGGAGACAAUUUUGUUGUCACAACUUGGAGGUGCUACUGGCAUCUGGUGGAUAGAACCCAGGGAUGCUGCUCAACAUCCUACAACAUACAGGCCAGCCACCCACAACAAAGAAUUAUCCAGCCCCAAAUGUCAAUCGUGCUGAGAUUAAGAAACCCUCAUGUAGAGUAGAAAAGGAUCUAGAAAACAGGGGAGCAAACAAACCUGUUUGCUUCCUAAAAUUAGGCAUUAGUUUCUCUCUCUUUGGCUGCUGCCUCAGCACAGAGAGCCAGAACUCAGUUUCAGGCAACCAGGAAUUCCUGAUGGAUUACCUUCAGCUGGUUGAGCUUCUACGUUCCUUUCCUUUCUUUCUACUCUACAAAUCAAGUCCUGUGAGAGAGCUGCCUGAGUUCUAUCACAAGUUCUCUCAGUCUGAAUUUAGAUCUCAGCACUCUGCCUAGUCAAAAUUCAAAUUAAGGCAGCAAAAACAUGUAACUUCCUUGAAACAGAGAUUUCUGAAAGCAGGGGCAAUGAACCUUUGAAAUGAGGCCCUGAGGAAUGAAACUUUGAUGGAAAAGAAUGUUUUCUUGCCAGGCCCCUUCCCACACUUUUUGCAUGUUGACCACUGCCUCCCUGGCACUUUGGACCUACUGUGCCUGUAUUACAUUUUGUUAUAGAAAACUUGAUUUUAGAGUUCUGACCAUUCAAAAGAAUGAUUGACUAUACAUUUCCUAUGCUGUUGUCUGCCUAGUUUGCCAAAGAACGCGAGUAUAAGGGAAAAUGGAUAAAAAGCCAUACAUCAGGUUUUAAAGAUUAGUACAUAGCACAUAACGGGCCUUCAAUAAAUGUUUGUUGAAUGAACGGAUGAAUGAAUGGAUGAAUGAAUGGGAGGGAAUGGCAGGAGCCUGUGAGUAUGGGCAAGGUGGCUGGGUCUAGUUUCUUAAGGGAACUUCAUUAGGCUUUACCAGCCUGCCGAGUCUCCAUCUGGGAAAAUAAGUGGUGACAGUAGACUUGAGGCAGAUGAAUGU